UGUAUUGGUAGUACCGUGUCGAGGCCUGACAGAUGGUAUUAGUGUUUGAGACAUGGUACAGGUUGAGUAUCUGACAGCGACAUGAACGACAUUAUGGAGGAGCAAGAAAGGGACGAGCGUCUCGUUGUGCCUCAGCCUUCAGCAGCGAAGGGGGCGGGCGGCAGGCCUAAGGCUGUGGACGGCAGUUCCAGGCCGGUGGAGAAAAGAGGUCCUUACAUUAUGUCCAAAGCUCCAGCCAUACACGCGAAACUCCAAAAGCACAGGGAGAUGGCCAAAAGAGUGUUCAAGAAGACAGGCUUCACCUCAGGGGGGCUUGUAACGCAGCAGCCCAGGCAGACUAGCAAGAAUGUGAAGUUCAACAAAGGAUACACAGCGUUGAGUCAGAGUGCAGAGGACACUCUGGUGUCUUUGGACUCAGACAGUGACGUCGAGUUUGAGUCGCAGUAUUCAUCAGGAUACUCCUCAGCAGAGGUGCACCCUGAUCUGAGUCGGCAGCUCUUAAAGGACGGCUACCGAUUGGACGAGAUCCCCGACGACGAGGAUCUGGACCUUAUUCCUCCCAAAGCCAUGGGCUCGUCACUCUGCUGCUGCGCAGACAGGCCCUCCUGCUCCAUGCAGUGACUGCAGCGCACGCGCACGCGCGCACUGGGCCAGCCCACCAGAACCCUGGCCCUGCAGCCCUCACCAAAGCAAUCUCAUCACAAACACGCAGGGACACUGCUGUGGCAUGGCCACGCCCAGUCAGGGAGAACACGCAGUCUGAGCAGGGCUACACUACACUUCAGACCGAGCCCCCCUCCACUCACACGCCCACUCAGCGCGGUGGACCGCUGUCUUAUCCCAAAGCCUGAGCUCCUCACCCUGUCAGCCUUACCACACGACAGUGCAGCUGGGAUCUUCCUCAGACCGCCUAACUGUCAAGAGAUGCCUCCUCCCACGUCCUGUGUGUGUGUGUGUGUGUGUGUCUGUGUGUGUGUGUGUGUGUGUGUGUGCAUGUGCGCGCGUGUGUGCGUGAGAGUAAUAUAUAGCCUAUGUGUUUUAGGCUCAGUGGGUCCAACUAAGAACCAGAGAAAAGUUUGUUCCAAUUUUCAGACCUUAGUAUAAAAUGACUCUCAGUGGAGGAUUUUCUAUGUGUGAACGUAAACUGUUCCUAUGCUUUAAGAUGACAUCACUUCCUUUAUCGCCUGUUUCCUAUGUUAUGUAAGAGGCAAACGCAGGACAUUCAUUCAUUAGGUUUUAUAUAGUGAAUAUAAUGCAUUAUCUGUUGAUUUGAUCAUUAUCUGAGGUUUUAAGACUAGUACAGGUUCCUGAUACAAUGUCCCUGGCUUAUGU